ACAGGCUACUUCGCAGCUCCCAGGAUGUCGAGAGACUGCGAGUAGAAUUCUCUCUCUCUCUCUCUCUCUGUGGCGUUGUUUUGGCGUAGUGAAAGUGAAGAAGGAUGUCGCAGAAAGGGAAGAGGAAGGACGAACCUUACGCCUCCGACGGCGACUCCGACGGCCAGGCUCCUCCCAAGAAGGCUCCGAGGCAGGAUUCCGAUGAUUCCGACGACAUCGUCGCCUGCGAGCUGUCGAAGAACAGGAGAGUCACCGUCAGGAACUGGAAUGGUAAAGUCGUCGUCGACAUUCGCGAGUUUUACGUCAAGGACGGCAAGACACUUCCUGGCAAAAAGGGUAUUGCUCUCCCCAUGGAUCAGUGGAAUAAACUUGUGAAGUACAUGCCUGAAAUCGAUAAGGCAUUGGCGGACACAUAGGAGCUAGUGACCACUCUUGUUGGCUGCUGUUUUUGCUGAAUUAACCAGCAGCUCAUUUUGGUUUGUGGCUGGAGUGAUCUGGGAUUGGCCAGUAGGUGCUGACAUGUACAAUGUUUUGUAUGUAGUUGCGACUCUUGUGGCUCUAUAUGUAGAACUCUGGUAAUUGAGUCUAUGUACUCGAAGCUUCCUGAAAAGAGCAUGAUUAACACCUACCAGCAAAUAUGUAUUUUGGUUAAAAGGAAUUCUUUCUUACUCUGACUUAGUUGAAGGAUUGUGGGGGAAAUGGGUCUUCCCUCAUGCAUCUGUUGUGACUUUUCCGCGGAAAUGAAUUGCCCGACAAGCUUGCUCU